AACAAAAAAAAAGCACUUGGAUCCCAAACCUUCUUAAGUGAUGGCCUUCUCUGGCCUCUUUUAGCAGCAAACUCUGCCAUCUCUCUGUCUCUGCACCCCUCCAUCCCUGUGCUCUGCUUUUGCCUUGCACCACUCUUCUAAAGCCAUCUGACAUAGACACCAGUGAUGUCUUCAGCUGCCAAAUCCAGGGCACAUUCUGCUAUCUCAAUUGUAUCUGGUCCCUGGCUUUCUUUUUAGCAGAAGUGCUCCCACAUUCUUUCUUUGCUUUUGAGACAGUCUCACUGUUGUCCGGGCCUAGCAAUGAAUUCCCAGGCUCAGGUGGUCCUCGCCAGUAGCUGGGACUGUGAGUGUGUACCACCAUACCCAACUUGGUCCCUUGGCCUUUUUUCUGUUCCCACAAGACUUCCCAGAGCUCUGGUGCCCUGCCUCUCUAGCUUUAAGCUGGGCCCACCCACACCACCCUAGGAUACCCACAAUCCCAUUCUCUCUCCCCAUUGUGAGAGAGGCAUCUUUUUCUGGUCUUCUCAAAAGCACCUAUUUCUCCUAGGCAGUCUCCUCUUGUAUGUUAAGGGUGUCACAUCCACCCUGGUGCCCCAGCCCAACUCCUGCAUUAUCCCCACCACCUGAAUCCCAAUUGUUUGAGGUUUUGCUGGUCCCUCCCCAAACCUGCCCAGCCCUUCCCAUACCUGCCCAGCCCUUCCCACUGGUUUCAAGGUUCCAGCCAUUCAGCCGCUAUCCUCCCAGUCCUAACUGUUCCCUACAUUGCACCCAAGUAUGGCAAGAGAAAAGGGUCAUGUUUAGAAUUGAAGAUUUCUAGGCCAAGGGUUAGAAUGCUGGAGAUUGGAGUCUCAGUAGGGACUAGGAUAAUUCAAGAGAGGCCUACCGCACCAAAUUUAUGAAGGCCUCUCUGAGGGGCAGUGUGUACCUGCCCAUCCUAUACUUCAUCUGAACCCUAAGGCCUCUCUUGCCCCAACCUAGUCCCCAGCCCUGUGUUGGGACAGACUGGCCGGAGGAAGCAUGGAUGAGAGAAUGGAAUUCUGCAAAGGCACUGGAUCAGCUUGGUAGUGAACUUUCCCACUACCUAGGGCUGUAAUUUCUAGUGUGACCAGAAGACCCUGAAAGGUUUUGUCAAGCUGUCUUGGUCUGGAGCCUGAUAGGAAGAUCACAGCACUGGGCAUCUGGGUAGAAGACCUAUGCUGAGCACUCAAGGGGACAGCCCAUGAAUCUCUUUACCUUAAUAAGGAAUAGGGGCUUCCUGCCUUGUUUCUCGGGCGGGGGGUGCUGGGGACUAAGGGUUAAGGACCUGAAGGGUGCUGCUUCUACUCUCUGGCACACAUAUAUGAGUGGCUAGCCGGGGCCGGCAUUGCUCGGCGCCCCUAUUAGGCCGGAUUAUGCAGGUCUCUGGGGCAGGUGAUCCCAAAUGCGGAUUUGAGACAAAGGAACCAGGAAGCAAGGCCACUCUCCAGCACAGGUAACCCGAGGCCCUGCUCCUGCAUCUCCUGUGGGCCGGCCUUGGGGGAGGGGGCGCACACCCACAGAACUGGCUCCGAGGACUUCACGGUAAACUGAGCAGGGUCAAGGUCCACAGGGAGAGGGGCGCGGGUAAUCCAGGAAGUCUUCCUGGUGGCAGUGCAUUCCUAGCAGGGCUCGGCAGGCGCGGGAUCCCCUGGGGCGCAGCUGGGCUCGGAGGCCCCGCCCCUCUCCCCCGCCCACCUGUGGGAAACGCUGGCCCCGAGGGAGGCUCCGCCAGCUCCCACUGCUGGCGACGCCGCGUCCCUGCCUCGGCUGGUGCGGGGACCUCUGCAGAGUGCUGACCUCAGGGAGGGGUACUCCUUGGGCCAGGUUCUCGUGCGGUCGCAUUGGGAAGAUCCCCGGGAGGGCGCCCUCGCUACCCGCCGUAGCGAGGCUGUCCGUCCGCUCAUCCUUGGCUGCGCCCACUUGCGACCCCCGCGCGCUCGCCACCGAAGCUCCGCCCACCGCACCCGGGGACCCGUUUACCCCCGCGCCCGCCGCCGCCGGGCGCGUUGCGCACGGCAGCUCCACGAGUGCCCUCCUGGCAUAGUCAUGGCGAAGCUGGAGACACUGCCUGUGCGUGCUGACCCAGGGCGGGAUCCCCUUCUGGCCUUUGCUCCACGGCCCUCUGAGCUUGGACCCCCAGACCCCCGCCUGGCUAUGGGCAGUGUGGGCAGUGGGGUGGCCCAUGCCCAAGAGUUUGCUAUGAAGAGCGUGGGCACCCGAACAGGGGUUGGGGGCAGUCAGGGCAGUUUCCCUGGCCCCCGAGGCAGCAGCAGUGGGGCCAGCAGGGAGAGGCCUGGCCGCUACCCCUCUGACGACAAAACUCUCGCCAACUCCCUCUACCUCAAUGGCGAGCUUCGGGGCAGUGACCACACAGAUGUCUGCGGCAAUGUGGUAGGCAGCAGUGGUGGCAGCAGCAGCAGCGGCGGCAGCGACAAGGCCCCACCACAAUAUCGUGAGCCCAGCCACCCACCCAAGCUCCUGGCCACCUCUGGCAAGCUAGACCAGUGCUCAGAGCCACUAGUUCGGCCAUCAGCCUUCAAGCCUGUUGUACCCAAGAAUUUCCAUUCCAUGCAGAACUUGUGUCCCCCACAGACCAAUGGGACCCCUGAGGGACGACAGGGCCCUGGUGGCCUCAAGGGUGGACUGGACAAGUCUCGGACCAUGACCCCAGCGGGUGGGAGUGGGGGCGGCCUCUCAGACUCAGGCCGGAACUCACUCACAAGCCUGCCCACCUACAGCUCCAGCUACAGCCAGCACCUGGCGCCCCUCAGUGCUUCCACCAGCCACAUCAACCGCAUCGGCACUGCCAGCUAUGGUAGUGGCAGCAGUGGUGGGGGCUCGGGAUACCAGGACCUAGGCACCUCAGACAGCGGGCGGGCCUCCAGCAAGAGUGGGUCCUCAUCAUCCAUGGGGCGGCCAGGCCACCUGGGAUCUGGGGAGGGUGGGGGUGGAGGCCUGCCAUUUGCAGCCUGCUCACCACCCUCGCCCAGUGCGCUGAUCCAGGAGCUGGAGGAGCGACUGUGGGAGAAGGAGCAGGAGGUGGCAGCUCUGCGGCGCAGCCUGGAGCAGAGUGAGGCGGCUGUGGCCCAGGUGCUGGAGGAGCGGCAGAAGGCGUGGGAGCGCGAGCUGGCCGAGCUGCGGCAGGGCUGCAGUGGAAAGUUGCAGCAGGUGGCCCGCCGUGCUCAGCGCGCCCAGCAAGGCCUGCAGUUGCAGGUGCUGCGGCUGCAGCAGGAUAAGAAGCAGCUGCAGGAGGAGGCAGCCCGGUUGAUGCGGCAGCGGGAAGAGCUCGAGGACAAGGUGGCUGCCUGCCAGAAGGAGCAGGCCGACUUCCUGCCCAGGAUGGAGGAAACUAAGUGGGAGGUAUGCCAGAAGGCCGGUGAGAUUUCCCUUCUGAAGCAGCAGUUGAAGGACUCACAGGCUGAUGUGUCCCAAAAGCUGAGUGAGAUCGUGGGGUUGCGAUCACAGCUGCGGGAGGGCCGGGCCUCACUGAGGGAGAAGGAGGAGCAGCUGCUCAGCCUGAGGGACUCCUUCGGCAGCAAACAGGCCAGCCUGGAGCUGGCUGAGGGUGAGCUGCCUGCCACCUGCCUCAAGCCGGCGCUGACCCCUGUGGACCCAGCCGAACCACAGGAGGCACUGGCUUCCUGUGAGAGCGAUGAGGCCAAGAUGCGUCGUCAGGCUGGGGUGGCCUCUGCUGCAUCCUUGGUUUCCAUGGAUGGGGAGGCGGAUGCUGGCGGGGAGAGUGGGACGAGGGCUCUGCGGCGGGAGGUGGGGCGGCUGCAGGCUGAGCUGGCAGCUGAGCGGCGGGCCCGGGAGCGCCAGGGUGCCAGCUUUGCAGAGGAGCGCCGAGUGUGGCUGGAGGAGAAGGAGAAGGUCAUCGAGUACCAGAAGCAGCUGCAGUUGAGUUAUGUGGAGAUGUACCAGCGCAACCAGCAGUUGGAGCGGCGGCUUCGGGAGCGCGGGGCGGCAGGGGGUGCGAGCACGCCUACCCCCCAACAUGGCGAGGAGAAGAAGGCCUGGACCCCCUCCCGCCUUGAGCGCAUUGAGUCCACAGAAAUCUGAUCCUCCACCUGGGCACGUGGCCCUCUGACAAGUGUCCUGUCUGAAGGCCAAGUCUCCAGGAUCCCCUCCCUCCAUCUCCCCCAUAUUCCCAGAUCCCCAGACCAAAGAGGUUCUCAAAGCAGCUGUAACCAGGCUCCUCCUGCCCCCUUGGCACCCUCCCAGCUCCAGCACUGCCUGUGUGGGCAGUCCCCUGCACCCUCGCCCUGAGGAGGGCUGUGGGAGGGCUAAUUGGGUAAGGUGAGGGCCCAGGUAGUAGGGAGUAUGCUCCCCUCUGGGCAGCCCCUUGUUGGAGAUGGAGGCGGCAGGCCUGCAGUGCUGGUGAGGUGCCGCAGCCCCUCGGGGUGUGGGCUGCUGCUGUUGGCCACUUGUGUCUAGCGAUGCUUUCUGUGCUCACCUCCUAGGCCGUGGAGCCUGAGGGGGCCUACACGGGUCUGCCAAGGCUGAUAGACCCUGGGCUCCUGGCCUCUCUCCUUCCUGUGGUGUUCUCCCUCCCUGGGCAGAUUGGCAGGACACGUGGGAGCAGAUGGCCUGCCUGUGGUUGAGAGGGCUACCUGCCCAGCCCCUCCCCCCCAAGGUCUCUUGGGCUCAGGCCUCAGAGUCUGGCCUGGUCUUGAGUGUGUGUCCCUAUGCAUGUGUUGGUGGAGGGCAGGGCUGGGACUACCAGCUCAGUGCCCAGGGAGAUCUGCCCUCCUGUUCUUGGAAGGGGUUACCUGGAGGCUUAAACCUUCACCCUUCCAGCCAGGAUUCCCCAGGGCAACCACCCCAGCUGCUUGGCUGACCCCACACCCAGGGCCACCGUCUGGCUCUAACUACAGCUAUUAAGUGCUACCUGCCUCUCAGGCACUCCCCUUGCCUGGUUUCUGAGGUCAGAUGAGUGUCUGUGAUGUCUUCCUGUGUCUUCCCUCACCCACCUCUCCUAGCCUCCUGCUUUCAUGCUCAGAACGUCAUCUUCCCAGGCUGCCUCUUCCCCAAAGUCUCACCUUUUCUUCCAGUAGAAAAUUCUGCUUGACCUUUGGUGCACUGCGUGCUUCCCAGCCCCACUGGCCCAAGUCUGAGCCUGAGGCCCUUGUUUCAGGGACCCAGGGAGGGUUGGAUGUGAUUGCCCUUGAAGAACAAGGAUAACCUGAGAGGGACACUGUGGUGUUCCCUGCCUAGGCUCUGAGUUGGCUCAGAAAUUUGUCCAGGGAGACCUGGCAGGGCCACCAGUAGGGGUUGGGACAGUCAGUAUCACUUCCUUCUCUGGGGGGCCCUCAGAGUUUAUCACCCCAAGACAGGAAGGGAAAUUUUAAGUUCUCUUCUAAGAAAGUAAAUUUAUAAUUCACCAGCAAUAAAAAUUGGAGGAGGCUUGGCCCUCAGCCCUUGUAUUUCUCUUUUUCACUCUCUCUUCCACUCCCAAUAUUGAGUUUGGGAGCAGGGUAGAGAGAGCUGGCAACUACUGUGAGCAAGUUCCCCCAACCCUGACCAGCCUCCUCCCAUGACUGGUGACUGUUUAAUGAGCUGUGCAUCCCCCACAAAAACAGGAGUGCCCCUCUGUGUGGCCUCUUAUCUGCACAGCCCCUUCAGGUGGUCCCCACCGGGUCCCUGAGCUGGGUGGGAGGCCACCCUGGCAACCACUGCCCAUUCCACUUACCCCUCACUGCACCUGUCCCAGAACCUGGGCCUGAGCCUCAGGGGCUGGGAGAAGAGAAAAAAGAAAAAAAAAAAAAAAAAAAAAAAGAACAGUCUCAGCUUUGGGAUGUCCAACCACAAAAUAAAUUAUAUAUAAAUAUAUAUAAAUAUAUAUCUCUACCAUAUGUGAUGGAAAGACUUCGUUUUCCUUUCCCAAAGAAAUAAAAUGGAGAAAGCCUCUUGAA